AUGUGCAUCUCCACUCAGAUAGUGGACUGCCAACUCAACCUGGUACUAAACCAGAAAUCUGAUAGACUGGAAAUUCCGCUCCAAUCUCUGACGCUACUCUUUUGCCGCCUCUGGGCUAACUCCAUCCUCAAAGUACGGCAUACCAAUCAUCUGCAUGUGCCCCAACAUAUCCAAGUAGGACGGCACCAUCAAACCCACAGCCUGCAGCUGAACAAAUCCCGCAGCCCUCUGCUGCACCUCUGCCACUGGAGAGCACCACCCCAACCCGGAGCAGCCUCCGCUCCCAAACCAACCUCGCAUCCACACUGGCCUCACUCGCCACGGAUACCGACUGGGUCACCGACGCAGUCGCCACACUCGGCACCACACUCUCUCCCGAAUCCACCGAAGUCCACAAUCUCGGCCCUGACCUCCAAGGCCUCUAUCUCUGCCACCACGGCCUCAAGCACCGCGCCCUCUCGCGCUACGACCUCUAGCUACUCCGUCCAUCUCACUCUAUGGAACGAAAUGAGUAAACUAGACCACAAAACAAAACUCAAACGCAACAUAAAACUCACCGCGGAAUCUCUUGUAGCUGAAGGGGAUGAUACUAAAGCCUAG